CCAAACGUGGCGGUUCGUAGGAGGUAACGACUGGUGUUUAUCUAAGGAGAGGAUGAACACGAAGAGGGGCGCGCACACGACAACAAGGAGGGAAUGAGCGAGGACAGUCUGUGACCUAGAGCCUUGGGGCAUGAACCGUGAGCGGUUGGGUUGGUCGCUGAAGUAUACGUCAGAGAAUACGUGGGAACUCGGAACGUCAGCUCGCGCGAUGGCUUGGCUUGAGCAUGACCCUAUUAUUCCAAGAGAACAAGAUGGAUAACGGCUUGUGCAAUGUCGCGUAUCUUGUCCAACCGCAUUGCACUCUAUCCAGGUGGCAUUUCUCAACACCAUUGCACGGACCCGCGACGCGUUGACGUGUUGCGGUCCUCGGCAUAGCAGGUGCCGAGCGGAAUUGUUUUUGGGCGGCGGAUUGGCAUACAGUACCCAGCAAUCAGUAAGGAACCACCGUGUGUCUCCGGC